AUGGAGAGAGAGGAAGAAUCAGUUCACAGCGGUCGUCCUCGGGAUCGCAGACCUCCGCCAGGUGGAUGGGGGUUGGAUGCCCCCAGGAUCGUCCAUUCGAUUGUCAACGUUCAGCCCCAAGGACAACUCUUCCGUCUGCAAUCCUUCGCAGACGACUAUCGCCGCCUCCUUCAAGACCAAAAGGACGCCGACCCUUACGACGCCUACUUUGCAGACAACAAGGACCUGGAGCAACAAAUCGCCGAGAGGGUUGAUACCUGGGACGAGACCGAGCUUGUCAACGAUAUCUUUGGAGACCCGACCGUUCUGGGUCUCCUGCAGGAGUGGCAUGAGGAGAGACUGUCCUCGACGAAAGGACCAGUCAGCCGGGGCUUGCGGCCGACCUGGUCGUCGGUUUUCGGCAAAGUGGAGGAUGUGUCAGAGUUUGGCGACCGGUCCAACUUGCAUAUCAAGGGGAGGUUCACGCCGCAUUUGGGGCGGCCUGUGGCGAUGGGCGAUGAUAAUGUGCGGCGGUUGUUGAGUUCUAAGGAUCGUGGGCGGCGGAGAGUGCCGUUUGUUAGUGGUCGUGGAAAGAUCAGGGGUUCGAUAAGGGGUGUGAGGGCUUCUCGGAUAUCCAAGAAGGAAGCGGAGGCGGCUGGUACGCGGAUACAGGACAAGGCGUCAAACUCUGCAUCUGCAGAGGGGCUAACUGCGACAACAACAUCUACAGUGGCAUCAACUACUGGAGUCACAGACACAGACUCACUGGAGUCAUCACCAUCAGCACCGCCGGAACCCGACAUGCCCGCAGCAGAGCUUGCGCAGUUGGGAAAUGACGCUCAACUCAUUGAACACCUGGCAGAACAGCGAGCAAAACAGGAGAUCGAGAAUCGAAUCACAAAGACAUCUCUGGAGGCAAGGUUCCAAAGAUGUUCGUUGAUACUGGAGGACAGCACCCUGGAGUCAUUGGCUCUGAAGUCUCAGACUCUUCUCCCUAUUCAACAACGCCCACCCCUUAAUCUCGCCCCGCCUGCACCACCUCGCUUCAGCCGGCCGUUUGUCCCUAUUAUGGAGGAUGAAUUGGUCGUCUCUGUUGCCAUGUACAGCGCACACCGACCAGACCAGCGGAUGCAAGAGUUUGUGUUCCUCGGGAGUCAGCGUCUCUCGGCCUUAAGGGAUGCGUUUGAGUGCGCAUCAGAUAGUGGGCUUCGAGAGUGGGACGAGUUCUCGGAUGCCUUCAAAGUUCACAACACUGCGGACAAAAAGACCAGCAACUCUUUCUUCUUCAUCGAAGGUGUCUUUUACUCGGACUCACCAUUGAUACGCGCUAGACUGGAGAAGCGAAAUCAACUGCGGGAGGAAUCAUCUAGGCGGCUGGAUGAACUUGAGAAGUUGAGACAGGAGCGGUACCAGGAAGCGGUGAGACUAAGAAAUACGAGGCGACGUCUAUUACGAGAGGAUAUGGCCCUGGGAAGUGUGAGUCGUGCCAGCGAUGAUGCCAGCGACAAUGGUGACGAUGAUGACAUGGACUUGGAGUUUGAUGAUUCGGACCUUCGAGCACAAAUGGAGGCGAGCACGUACCACGAGCAGCCGAUCGAGAAUAUUGAAGUGGAGAACCAAGAUCAUCUCGAGGAAGUCUCGGAAGACUACAGCCAGGUUAUCUUGGAUUGGGUGGAAGAAAACCCAGGGAGGAAACGACAGCCGGGAUUUGGGAACCUCCAGAAAACCUAUAUGCAUGACUCUCAGAUCCAACAUCUGUCAGUUCGACUGAACCAGCCCUAUCUUUUUGUUCACCAAGGCGAUUGCGAGCACAUCCUAAUGUUUCGCGAUUUGAGAUUGUUCAGCCAGCGACACGACGACUUGAACAGGCUUUCAUAUCCGCUGCAGGUGUACAAGGGCAAGACGACGUCGCAUAUGUGUAGGAUGUGCAAGAUCAACAAGGCUUUCUAUGUGACGGUGGACGACCGACUCGCUGGCGAGACGCCGUGCUACUUUUGCGAGCAGUGCUACGAUAGCUUCCACUACGACGUUGACGGCAACAUCCUCUACGACGACUUUCGCGUCUUUCGUUCUGCCUAG